AUGGAUGAUAAACCUGACCCCGCCCGUGAAGGCAAUAUGUCUGCGGAUACCCAGUCACUGGAUACUACUGUUUCUGGGGAGCCCAUCAAGCCCACUGAGACCAUGACUGGUGACGGUGCUGGUGCAACUGCUAACCUUGGCCCCACUAUCCUGGACCAGGAGCAUGGCGAAGCUACUAAAGGAGGCACAGUUGUUUCUUCUUCUUCUUCGGAAUCAGCCGCUAAAUCGUGUCGCAUUAAGCAUGCCCGUGUUCAUUUCAUUGAUCCGGUCACUCUUGCGCAGCCUGAGCUCAAGAAGUCGGAGGUUGCAUCCCAGACUGAGCAUAAUGUCGAGGGCCCUUUGGUCAGUUCGGACCAGGAGUCUAACAAGCAGGGUCUAGCUGAGGAUGGCCUUAAAGGCGCUUUGCCGAAAGCCAUUGGAUUUGCCGCCGUUGCAAAAGAGUCGGAAAGCACUGCAGGGGCUUCGCAUGCGAAGGACGGUGCGAUCUCGCAGAACGAGCCCAAGAUUGGAUCCAAGCAUGAUCCUGGCGAGGAAAGGUUUCUCGCAAACGUUGAACUUGACCUUGGCAAAAAGAAAAAAAGAAGAACAAGAGGCGCCCCAAGAAACGCACCCACGGGAUUCGAACCCUUCUAUGCCGAUGCACCAAUGACUCCACAGGAGUUUGAGGAGAACAAGACUAUCUAUGAUCCUGCUUUGCCAAUUCUUGAUCGAAUUGACGAGGGCAUCAAGCGCUUCUUGUACAAGCGACGUCUUGAUCCCUACAGACGCAAGGUUUUCCUCAAGUACCUGCAGUACGGCGGUGUUAGCGUAGGCCCCAAUCAUUCCCAGGGAGUGACCCCUUCGGAGUUGAAGGAAAUGACCAAAGAGGAGGCAAUGCAAGCUCGCUGCACAACAGCCAUCUUUCCCAAGCAGGGAAAGCCAUACCCGAUCUCCUUUAACGAUGUUGCCACUGGCUACUUGACUGGGUUCUACAUGGGAUACUACAACCCUGAUACUGAGGAGGAGAUCAAAAUAUGCACUGACACUAUGAAGAAUUUCUUUACUUAUCUGCUCUACCAUGAUGUUUGUCCCGAGCAGAAAGAGGAUCUCGAGGAAGCUCGAAAGACUUGUGAUCGGUCUGCCAAGGAGUUGUGGAUGAACCAGCAACUUGUUCACCAUCAAGGCCCGGGAGACUUCAACCGCGGCUGCUCCGUGCUGUUUGGUGGCUACUAUUUCGAGGAUGUUGAUGACCCGGACGCAUGGACCAAUGUUCGAUACGUUGAUCAAGUGGUUUUCACCAAUGAUAUGGCUCGCAAGGUCGUCAAAUAUGCCAUCGCAAUUGCCGGAAAUAACCGGACUGCUCGCAAAUUCAAGGUUCUCGCCGACAUGGACAUGACCGAGGCCAAGAAGGUUCCGGACAUCGAUGGUUUUGAGAUCAUCUCUGUGGAGCAACCUACCGAGGAAACCGUCGCUUACUACAAUGAGCUGUGCCCCGAUCUCACCCCAGUUGGCAAGAUUCGAGCUAAGGAAUUCCGUGAUCCUGCCAGAGGCCCCUUUGAUCUCGCCCCCUGGGAGAAGAUCGACUGGGAUGCUGGUUUUGCCCCGACCUACGAGUUUGAAUUCCUCGUCGAAGCUGAGCUGUUUGUCCAUAUGCUGCCCGGCUUGAAGAUCAUCACGAAAGUCUUUGAGACCAACUUCGGACAGUACUACUUCGAUGAAAUCCUGUCGGUCCUGCCAACCUUCUACAAGUUCCUGUACAACGACUGGAUGCUGGACUACGUCGAGCCGGCGCCUCUUAACUUCAUCCCCGACGAGGAGGAAGUCGCACGUCGCCGUGCAAAGGAAUCCAUUAUGAGCCCUCCUGAGCCGACCCCGGCCGAGUGGGCUAUGCACAUGCUGACACACGAGUUGACUUUCAAUCUUCAGCCGGGUGAUGAUGCCAUGGUUGCCGUCUGGCAAAUGAUCCACACCCUUGAGGCCUUCGGCUGGGACCUGGAGGAAGUCAAAGACUUGAUGGGCUUGGUGGAUCCGAAUCCGCGCAAAGGUAAGAAAAAGUCGACUACAGGAGAGCAGUCCCACGUGCGCCUUAGCAAUGAGUCCCACAACAUUUCCCCUUUUGAGACCCCCAAGCAGACCCUUGACCGCACUAUCAAUCAUCUCCAGAACCCGGAAAAGAUCAAGCCUGUUAUCGCACCGGAGGUCAUCGCCAAGUUCCUUCAGGAGAAAAAGGAGCAGCUUGAAAAGGAACAGGCUCAGCGAGGAGGCCGGACUUCGGAGCAGAAGGUUGCUAAGGGCAAGGAGCCUGAAGGACAUCCCGGUACAGGACCAGCAACCAGCCGAGGAGCCCAGAGUUCGGAGCAGAAAGUUGCGAAGGGCAAGGAGCCUGAGGGACAGCUCGGUAAAGGACCAACAAUCAGCCGAGGAACCCAGACUACUUCAAAGGAGGAAAUUGCGGAGACCCAGGAACCCAAGGGUGCACUGGAAGGAAACAAUUAG